AUGGUAGGUUUUGAUGGUGAGCUUAAAAUUAUAAAGGAUCAACUCAUUGAAGAAUCAAAAGAUACGACUUUCAUUUCAAUUGUGGGAAUGAGUGGGUUGGGUAAAACCACAUUGAUCAAAAAGGUAUUCGAGGAUAGUGAAAUUGAGUAUGAGUUUUUUCCUCGCCUGUGGGUUUAUGUAUCUAGAAGCAUGAAUAGGAGAGAAAUAUUCAUGGAUAUUAUAAGACAAUUUACCAAGCAAACCAAUGAUUACAAGAACAUGUCAGAGGAAGAAUUAGGUGAAAGAAUCAAGGAAUUUUUGAAGGAUGAGAAGUAUUUAAUUGCGAUGGAUGAUGUUUGGUGCAAGGAAGACUUGGAGCUUUUGAAAAUUGUUUUUCCUAAUAGCAAGAAUGGGAGUAGAGUAUUGAUAACAACACGUGAUUUCGGGGUUGCUAGAGAUGUUGAUUCCUAUGGCAAGCCACAUGCCUUAAAAUUUUUGUCCAACGAUGAAAGUUUUGAGUUAUUAACAAUGAAAGUUUUCGGCAAAGAAGCUUUCCCUGAGUAUCUUGAAUUCCCGGCGAGAAGAAUUGCAGAGAAAUGUAAUGGGUUACCGCUAGCAAUAGUGGUUAUUGCUGGUGUCCUUAAUAAAGGCCAAAGCUCAUUAUUGUGGAAUGAAGUGGCCGAAAAUCUUAUUUCAAUAUUCAAUCACGAAACCCAAGACUACAAUAAUAUACUAAGAUUGAGUUACAAUCAUUUGUCUAACCACACAAAAGAUUGUUUCUUGUAUCUUGCAGCAUUCCCAAUAGAGCAUGAGAUUUCUGUUUGGAAACUGAUUCGGCUGUGGAUUGCAGAAGGAUUUAUUCCUCCAGUAUCUGGUUCCACCAUGGAGCGCACAGCUUACUCAUACUUGAAGGAAAUUGUGAGCAGAAAUCUGUUGAUGGUGGUGAAAAGAAGAGCCGAUGGUGGUAUCAAAACAUGCCGCCUUAAUAACACAUUGCAUGAGUUUUGUAAGGAUGAAGCUGCAAAGAAUUAUCUCUUCCAUGAGAUAAAUGGGGCAAGAAUAGAAGGAAAUGAUAACUAUCGUCGCUUGUGCGUCCGUUCCUCCCUUAAAGACUUUAUAGGCUCGGAGGAAAAGCCAUCAGGUGAGCACAUCCGCUCUCUUCUAACAUCUCACAAAUUAGAUGUUCCAAAAGAGCACUUGCAGCAACGUCGGUACCGGAGACGUCCGGUCGCCACCAUUCCUCAUCAUGCUAUCACUGGAGCUCCACCAUCUCCAUCACCAACGAACUCCGACCAAAAGCCGCCGUCACAUCUCGCCAUUGCCGAAUCACCACCCUGCCGCUCCUCGCACCGGUCUCUAUCUCUCGACGAACCAGCUGGUGGCAAUCACAACGUCUCCACCGCUUUCACCCAUCCUUUCCCUUCAAUGACCAACAGCACAACCAUCACCUCCAACGUACGCUGCCAGGAUUGA